UGCGUCAGUGAUUAAGUCAAUUGCGCCGGAUGCAAGAUAGGGCCCAUAGUGUGUUGCUUGAGAGGGUGGGACCCUAUACUAUAUGUGUGGGGCUGGGUGUGAGGCCAGUUGAUGAUGUCACUUCUUGUGUGCCAGAGUUGUAUGGAGAGUUGGUCGAAUGUCAGCUGGAACUGUUGUUAUAACUGGAGGGAUUCUGGCCACAGUGAUACUGCUGUGUAUCAUAGCUGUGCUCUGCUACUGUCGACUCCAGUACUACUGCUGUAAGAAGAAUGGCGGCUCAGACACCAGCUCAACGUCCCAGCCUCCUUUCCCCUGCAGCACCCUCUCCCCAUCUCCCCCUGUGAGCUCCCGGGGGCCUGUUCCUCUUCCUCCUCCUCCUCACUCCCUGCGGCGGCCGCGGCCCGUCGAAGGCUACUGCCCCACCUGCUCACGGUACGACUCGCCCUUCUACAUCCGCACCAGCGAUGAGAUGCUCAAUGGAGGGGACCAUGUCACCUACAUGCCCACGCACUACGAGAACCAGGCCCUGGCCGGACCCCUGCCUGGAUCCCUGAUGAGGGAGCCUCGGCGGGGAGGCACGCCCCAGCCACAGUUCUACACCAACACGCGAGCCAUUAGCACCCAGGUGUGACUCCAGACUCUAGUGACAAGUUCAUCCAAUUGGCUUUUUAGGACCUUGUUGGGCGUGGUUCAGGUUCUUGUGAGCUGGGACUUUUGUUGGACUGCGUUUAA